ACUAUAUCUAUGCUGACAAAACAGUAUUAUUGCACACCCAUAUUCUGACUGGCAAUGACCCUUUAUACAAUCCUGCUCCCCCUUGACUCUACUAUGUGGUGUAUUUAUUAUGUGUCCAGAGGAUCCACUUAAGUUUUUAGAAGAAAAGAUAAGAGAAAUAAUGGAGAAGGGACUAGAUGGUAUUUUAUGGGAUACAUGUAUUGAUUCAUCCUUAAGGCCAAAAUUAAAGAGGAUUUCAGAAACUUAUUUGCGCAUCCUUUUUGGACUAAAUGAUGAACAGCUGAUGACUGAUGAGUUAUGUGGCAAAGCAUGGAACUUUUACAGCAAAAACUUAAAGAAAGUGUACUUUCAAGAAUGGAUGCAAUAUUGUCUGUUGCAAAAAAACAGCAGAGCACUUGUAAAGCGGAAGAUGGCUGUUGCAGCAGCCCAUUAUGACACCAGAAUAACCAGAGUAGUAGUACAGAAGUGGAGAGCUUGGGUACAGUUUCGCAAGGAACAAAUAGCAUUGGCAGCAAUGAGGAUACAAAAGGUCUUUAAUGACAGUUUCCACAAAAUUAUCCUAAAGGCGUGGCAUGCAGAGGCUCAGAGUUCCGCAAAAACAAAAGCAUAUUUUGAGCGUUUGGUAAAGGGAGACCAGGAAGAAUAUUUUGAUAAACAGGAUGAUGUACAAUAUUCUUCUACCUCAGAAACAGUCAAUGAUGAAAUAUCAAAUAUACCAGAAAGAGCAGUAUUACAGAUCUUCCAUUAUAUCAACUUAAUUGAUCUGGCAAGAUGUGCUCAAGUUAGCCGAACCUGGAUGUUGCUAACACAGGCUAGUUCAAUCUGGACUGAUAUUGAUUUUUCUUCAGUAAAGCACAAGAUGCAGGACAAAACACUAAUAAAUAUUUUGAAGAAGUGGCGUCCUUACGUGGUACGUUUGAAUCUUCGUGGUUGUUCUUCUCUUCACUGGCCAAGCUUUAAAAGUAUUAGUGAAUGUAAAAAUUUGCAAGAUUUGAAUGUCUCUGAAUGCCAGGGAUUAAAUGAUGAAUCAAUGAGACUUAUAUCAGAAGGUUGUCCAGCUCUUCUCUAUUUAAAUCUGUCCUACACAGAUAUUACUAAUGGGACACUAAGACUGUUAUCAAGGAGCUUCUCCAAUUUACAAUAUCUGAGUUUAGCUUACUGCAGAAAAUUCACAGACAAAGGUUUACAGUACCUGGGAUCUGGGAAAGGAUGUCACAAGCUCAUCUAUUUAGACCUUUCAGGUUGCAUUCAGGUUUGCAUUUCAUUUCUCUUUCAUGCUGUAAGGAAAGGAAUCCUUUCGAUGACUGGCUGCAUCCAGCACUCAUGGUAUACUAAAGUAGUACAAGCGCUGCAGCAAACUUUUCAGAGGUUUUAAAUUACAUGACCACAGCUGGUUACAUUUUUACUGAGGACUAGCACUAUAGGCUUUGGCUCAUGUCCAGCAUAGUGUCAUGUCUAUAAACAAAAAGUACUUAAUUGCAUAAUAAAAACAAGCAUUAUUUUUUACAG